UCGGACCACCGUUUUUUGCUUCACUAAACAACCAACAUCCUCCUCUUUAUUUUUAUUUACCAAAAAGAAAAAAAAAACUUUAUCCAUUCCUUUUGUGAGCCUUUAUAAAUACACAACACAAGUAAUACUAACCACAUUCUAAAAUAUAGAAUUGAUAAACCCCUUUAGUUACUUUCCUCUCCUUUUGUCUUGAUCAUCUUGAAAUAUACUUUGAAAGCUUCUCCAUCUCCAAAGGCCAAAAAAGAAGAGAAAAAAAAACUAUGUUAAAGAAGAGAGACAUUGCUCUUUGGGCAAUACUUAUGGUCUUUGUUCUUGGGUUUCAUACAUAUUCAGCACAGAAUAUUAGCAGAAAUAACUUUCCAAAGGGUUUUGUUUUUGGGACUGCUUCUUCUGCUUACCAGUUUGAAGGGGCUGUAAAGGAGGAUGGAAGAGGUCCAACCAUAUGGGAUAAAUUUUCUCAUUCUUUUGGUAAAGUACUUGAUUUUAGCAAUGGUGAUGUAGCCGUGGAUCAGUAUCACAAGUACCCGGAAGAUAUACAGCUUAUGAAGAAUAUGGGAAUGGAUGCUUAUAGAUUUUCUAUUGCUUGGGCCAGAAUAUUCCCUAAUGGAACUGGAGAAAUCAAUCAGGCUGGAGUUGAUCACUAUAAUAAGUUGAUCAAUGCUUUACUAGCUAAUGGAAUUCAACCGUAUGUAACACUAUACCAUUGGGACCUUCCUCAAGCUCUAGAAGACAAAUACAACGGAUGGCUAAGCCCGCAGAUCAUAAAAGAUUUUGCAAUAUACGCGGAGACGUGCUUCCAAAAAUUUGGUGACAGAGUGAAGAACUGGAUCACUAUCAAUGAGCCACAUACUGUUGCCAUUCAAGGAUUUGAUGUAGGGCUUCAAGCGCCCGGGCGAUGUUCCAUCCUUCUCAAAAUUUUUUGCAGGGCUGGAAGCUCUGCAACUGAACCUUACAUUGUUACUCAUAAUCUACUACUUGCUCAUGCAACUGUUGUUGACAUUUACAAAAGAAAGUACAAGCCAAUACAACAUGGAUCAAUUGGGAUAUCACUAGAUACCUUUUGGUAUGAGCCUUUGACAAACUCCAAAGAUGACAUUGAAGCAACACAAAGGGCCAUUGAGUUUAACUUAGACUGGUAUCUUGAACCUAUAAUGCUUGGAAGGUAUCCAAGUUCAAUGGUAAAUAGAGUGGGAAACCGGUUGCCAAAAUUUUCACCAGCUGAAUCUGCUCUUGUGAAAGGUUCCUAUGAUUUCAUAGGCAUAAAUCAUUAUACUACAUGGUAUGCCAGCAAGAGCAAAACCAACAUAAUUGGUGUUCUGCUCAAUGACUCCCUCGCAGACUCUGGUGCCAUUACCCUCCCAUUCAAAGGAUUAACGCCGAUAGCAGAAAGGGCAAGUUCCAUAUGGUUGUACAUAGUACCUCAAGGAAUCAGAAGCUUAAUGAACUACAUAAAGCAAAAGUAUGGGAACCCUCUAAUCAUAAUCACUGAAAAUGGAAUGGAUGAUUCAAAUAAUGCAUUCGUAUCGAGACAAGAUGCUCUCAAGGAUACAAAAAGGAUCAAAUAUCACAAUGAAUAUCUUACUAACCUGUUAGCUGCUAUCAAAGAAGAUGGCUGCAACGUGAAAGGAUACUUUGUGUGGUCUCUGAUGGAUAACUGGGAAUGGGCAGCUGGAUUUUCGUCGAGGUUUGGUCUUUAUUAUGUGGAUUACAAGGACAACCUCAAGAGAUAUCCUAAGAAUUCUGUGAACUGGUUCAAGAAUUUCCUUGGAUCUGCUUAAAUGGAUGGAAGUUCAAGAGAUACAUUUCACUUCAAUUACAGAUAAACAUAGUUUCCACGUACAAGGAAAAAAGGGAAUGUAUACAACAUUAAUUCUUUCGCACUACCUAAUUAUUUUUCAGCAAAGUUCACUGGAUUUGCUAAUACAAAGGUUGUUUGAUAUCUUGCAAAGUA